GGAAUCAGCUGUCUCCUUCGUUCAAGUGAAGUUUUGGUCGUCUGCUAUAAGUACUUUCUUUCCAAUAUUGAUAAAUAUAUUAGUUUUAAUUCAACUAGUCUUCUAAUCUAAAUGACAAUUUUUUAUCGAUUAAAAACAAAUCUAGUGGAGUUGUAAAAUAUUUUGAGUUCUACUAAAACCUUUGUUUAGUUGUAAAUCCAUGUUUCAAAUGUGAGAAGUUGAGGUUAGCUACUCGCUAAUGUCGGUCUGAGCUAUUAUUUUGUAAUAUUGUUAUAUUUCUUUGAUGUACCUGUUGCAAUUCAAUUAAUACAAAUAUUGUAGAAAGAACUGAAGUAUGGACAGUGUAAAAUAAAACUCCUAAUUAUUGUUUCAAUUGUUCCUAUCCUUCUUAUAAAUCAUGGUACUUCACGCAUUUCCCCUCGCCAAACUCGGCGCAUUACUUUUGAGACAAGUUAGUAAACCAAUAGCAAACUUUUUGAAGGAAAGAGCAAAGCAGCAUCCAUUCUUCAGAACUUAUCUUCUUAUGCCGCCAGCACAAUUCUAUAACUGGUGCGAGGUGAAGAUGAAGAUGUGGGUGCUGAACCUGGGCAAACCUGUACAGGUGCCCCCCCUCAACGAAGCCAUGGCCAUAGAUCUGGGCGCCAAUGUCCUCGGGGAGGGCAUUGUCUUCAUAGUCGCCGCUGGCAUUGUCGGAUAUGAGUAUAACCGACAGGUCCGUAAAGAGGCCGCCAAAGAGGCUGCUCGCAAGGAAGAAAUGAGUGUACUGAACUACACCAUCCAAGAACUCUACUUCCAAAUAGAACAACAGUCGGCACAACUCAGAGAACUCCACAGAACCGUUCACAGUCUGGAGGGCAAGGCGCUCCAAAAACCAUGGAAGUUCAUCUCCUCCAAGGAGGGGGAUGAUACAUCCAAACCACCCCCAAAACCCCCUACUAGUCCGCCUAUAACACCCAUUAGUAGUCCGAUUAGUAGUCCGACUAGCGGUCCGAUUAGCAGUCCACCCGCACCCCAAAUCAUAGACAACAAACAUAGCCAUUCUCAUCAUCAUCACUACGAUCAUGCCACAUAUGAAACGGUUCCUAUGCAUUUGGAGCAUAUUAAUAGAGUAGUGGUCGAUGAACCAGGUGUAAUUUUGAAUGCAGUUUCCUAUCUGACUAACGACAUAUUCAAUUUCAAAAACGAUUACUUCAGGGUUAUACAUUUGCAAGAUGAACGUUAGGGUUAGAUGUUGUUGAAUUUUCAGUUUCUAUGCAGUCUAUUGGUUGAUAGAAUUUCUUUACCUCCACAGCUACUCAGAAAAUUUAUAGGAUUUUAAUAGUUACGGUACCGUACUGUAUCUCCAUAACUACUCAGAAAGAUUUAUAUGAAUUUCAAUAGUUACUGUACUGUAUUUCUUGAAACAUAAUAUCAUGAGGAUAUCACGAAAAUGAAUUCCAUACAGACUAUCUCUGUAAGAAAUUUUCAAUUUGAAAAACGAAAGCUUCACUGUUAUAGAUUUGGAAUAUGAUUGCUAGGUUCAGAUGUUGAAUUUUCAGUUUCUAUGCAGUCUAUUUUUUGAUAGGAAUUUCAAUAUGUGUAGAAACAUAAUUUGAGGAUUUCAGGACAAUGGAAUUCAAUAUAGGAAACCCAUUCAAUAUUGUCUUAUUCAAUAUUGUAAGACAUUUUCAAUUUGAAAAACGAAAACUUAACUGUUAUAGAUUUGGAAUAUGAUUGCUAGGUUCAGAUGUUGAAUUUUCAGUUUCUAUGCAGUCUAUUUUUUGAUAGGAAUUUCAAUAUGUGUAGAAACAUAAUUUGAGGAUUUCAGGACAAUGGAAUUCGAUAUAGGCAACCCAUUCAAUAGGUAAGACAUUUUCAAUUUGAAAAACGAUAACUCAAGAGUUAUAGAUUCGGAAUAUGAUUGCUAGGUUUACAUGUUGUCGAAUUUUCAGUUUCUAUGCAGUCUAUUUUUUUGAUAGGAAUUUCAAUAUGUGUAGAAACAUAAUGUGAGGAUUUCAGGACGAUGGAAUUCGAUAUAGGCAACUCAUUCAAUAUGUAAGACAUUUUCAAUUU